CUCUUUAAAUAGGACAGAUUCCUGGCUUUUUCUCUUCAAUCUAGUCGAGACUUUCUUAUUCUUUUCACCAAGUUCUUGCACUAAAAUGGCUUCCCUCUUCUCUCUAUCUUUCUUACUCAUUUUCUCUUUGUACAUCAGCUUUGCUUCUGCAACUAUUCCACAUCUUGAUGAUCUACUGGAAAAUGGAGACUUCGAGGAAGGGCCAAGGCCAUCAGAUCUAAACAAAACAGUGAUUGUUGGCAAAUACUCCUUGCCCGAAUGGGAAAUCAGUGGUAUAGUGGAGUGGGUAUCCGGUGGGCCCCAGCCAGGUGGCUUCUACUUCCCGAUCCCUCGUGGGGCCCACGCGGUUCUGUUAGGGAAUGAGGCUUCCGUCUCUCAGCAUGUGCAUGUGAAGCCAAACACGAUAUAUUCCCUCACAUUUGGAGCCACCAGGACUUGUGCUCAAGAUGAGGUCCUUAAGGUGUCGGCUGGAGGCAUGUCAAGUGAUCUUCCCAUUCAGACACUGUACAGUGCCGAUGGCGGUGACACUUACGCGUGGGCUUUCGAAUCUACAUCUGAUUUUAUUGAGAUCAUAUUUCACAACCCUGGUAUACAAGAAGAUCCAACAUGUGGACCACUUAUAGACCAUGUUGCAAUCAAGGAAAUGCCUAUGGCAACAUAUACUAAAGGUAACUUGGUGAAAAAUGGUGGAUUUGAACUUGGUCCUCAUGUAUUCAAGAACUUCUCGACAGGGGUGCUUGUCCUGCCUUUGAAACAAGACAAGUACUCACCAAUCCCUGGAUGGAUGGUUCAGUUCAUGAAACCAGCGAAAUACAUCGACUCGAAGCAUUUCUUAGUGCCUUCAGGAAAUGCAGCAGUUGAAUUAAUAGGAGGAAGGGAAACAGGCAUUGCACAGAUCGUAAGGACAGUCCCCAAACAAUUCUACAACCUGACUUUCACAAUUGGCGAUGCAAACAAUGACUGCCACGGAUCAAUGACAGUUCAAGCAUUCGCUGGCAAGGCGAGUACAGAAGUUUCCUUUGUAUCACAAGGAAAGGGGUGGUUCAAGACUGCAAUCCUCGAGUUCCAAGCAGAUAAAACUAGGACAACAAUAGCUUUCUAUAAUCCAUUCUAUCACACAAAAAUAUAUGACUUUGGUCACAUGUGCGGACCUGUCAUCGAUGAUGUCAGUCUCGUUCAUGUCCGAAAAUAAGCAGAAGGAAUUGACCGUACUCAGAGAAGGUCAAUUUCAAGACAAGUUUUAAUACAAACACUUUUUUCUCUUUUCAAGCAGGUGAACACGUGUGAAAAAGGAUAGUGAAAUGAAAUCUAUCAUUGUUUUUAUGUCUUUUAAGUUUUUCAGUCUGAACAAGAAUGAUAUACCCAAUAAAAGUAGUAAAAUCCCUUUCUUGUUUCCUUCUAGAAGUCACAAAGUGCUCAAUAAAAAAUUAAGAUGUCACUCAUGUUCUA